AUGAAACAAAAACAAACAAUUUUAUUAACGUGGUUGUUGUUGCUGUUGUUGUUUAGUAAUUCCUGUUGCGAUUCUUCAUCUCCUCCAUCAACGGUAUCGACGAAGAUCACCCUUCCUCAAGGAUAUUUAACAGGAAUUCCGAUAUUAACGGAUUCCAGUACUGGAGUCAUUGCUUAUCUCGGUGUGCCGUACGCUUUACCACCCAUAGGAGAUCUUCGUUUUGCCCCUCCCGAAAGACAUCCGGGAUGGAAUCAAACAUUAUUCGCGGGUCAUUUUCGUCCGGAUUGUUUACAACUCCGACGAGAUGCGGAUUCGUCAUCGGAUACGACAACAAACGAAGAUUGUCUUUACUUAAACGUAUUCGUACCGGAAAAUGCGAUCAAAUCAAGAAAUUAUCCCGUUUCCGUUUUCAUACACGGAAUUGAUUACGUAACAGGUUCGCCACUGACGAUAAACGGGGAAGAAUUGGCAAAAGAAGGUAUCAUCGUCGUGACUUUUAGUUACAGGCUAAACGUUUUUGGUUUUUUAACUUUCGAAGAUGAAUUCGGACGUGGAAAUUUGGGUCUUCUAGACCAGUACAUGACACUCGUAUGGAUAAAGGACAACAUACAAUAUUUUGGAGGUUCUCCGACGAACGUGACGCUCAUGGGUCACGGUUCCGGUGCAAGUUCCGUAUUGAUACACAUGACGUCAUCAAGAACGAAAGAUUUAUUUCAAAGAGUCAUCUUAAUGUCGGGUUCGUUAUUUUCACCGUGGCUUAAAUCGACACCGCGACGUAACGGUUCUCAUAAUCAACAUCCGGUCUUAUCAGCAUCUCGAAUGAUAGCGAGGAGUUUGGGUUGUUACAAUGAAAAUCACGUUGGGAAAAAAUCUAAAAGCGUUUUGGAUUGUCUAAGGCAAAAAGGAAGUGAGGAAAUAUUAAAAGCUUUCAAAGCGCGUACAAGCAAUAGUUUAGGUCCAAUUUCCGAUGAUUUUUUACAACCCGGAAAUCAAUACCUGACAAUGGAUCCGACGGAAGCGAUCAAAUUAGGAAAAUAUCACAAAAUGCCCAUAAUGACGGGGAUAACGACGAACGAAGGAACCGUGACUUUGAGCAAUUGGGACCCGUUGAUUGAACAAAAUAACGAAGGAGUCGAAUUUUUUUUACGUAACACGGCCGUUACGAACAUAUUGGAAAAAUAUGAUUUUACUCAACCGGAAAUAAAAAAUUUAAUACUCUGGAAAUAUCUGGAUAAAACACCGAAAAAUAAAAAAUUAAUUUUACAACUAUUGGAAUUAUACAAUGAUGCUAUGUACGUGGCGCCAUUUUGGAAACAAACGAAAAUAUUGUCGGAAAAUAAUCCAUUUCCGGUUUUCGUGUAUUUAUUCGAACAUUUUUCCGGAGAUUAUUUAGGAAAUUAUGGGGAUUUGUUAAAUUUAACGACGAGUACUCACGGUUCUGAAUUAGAAUUUCUUUUUGGUCCUGGACUUUUUCAAAAGGUAACGGGUAAAAAAUUUACAGUGGGAGAAGAAAGAUUAAUGGCUAAAAUGAAAAGACUUUUAACGUAUUUCAUAAGAUUCGGGGAUCCGAAUCCGCCAUCUUACGGUUACACGAUUUGGGAUUCUUAUAAUGGCGAUGACGUCACCGGUAAUGGCGUCCGCGGCGGUGAUGGCGUCGGAAAUAAAAAAGAAAAUUAUUUGAAAUUUUUCGUCGAUCCCGAAACGGGUAGAAAUUUACAAAAAGAAAAUGGUAAUCCGAAUAAGGAAGGAACGACUUUUUGGAACGAUUUACUUCCGUCCGUUGAAAAAUUAUCAAUGGAAAAAAUGAAUAAAUUAAACGAGUUGUUAAUUUUGGCGGGAAAUUCAAACGUCGGCGGUCAUCAAUCGGGCGCGUGUAGUUCUUACAAGAACGCAAUGUUUACAACUUUGGCAUUUUUAAUUCUUCUUCUCGUAAUGUUGGUAUUAUGUUUGUUGUUUAUUAAAAAACGUUCGAAACAAAGGAAUCAAAGCAUUUUAUGA